AUGCUUUUCUCUAUAUUUUUGCUGUUGUUCUUUAUGCAAACUGUAUUUUCAACAAUGUUGAUAUUUUAUGGAACACCUGGAGCAUCUAUCGAUUGCACAUCUGCUUCAACAACUUCUUGGGAUUCUUGUAUUGAUAAUUGUGAAGCCAAUUCAACUUGUUUUGUAAGAUAAUCAGAAACAAAGUCAGCUUGAAAUCACUCAAAGCUUUUUUUUCCAGUUGGCCUACUCAUCUCCUCAAAUUUCUUGUUAUUAUUGUGGCUAUGGGCAAUUCCCAGACAUCACUUAUUCUACUGAUGAGAUCACUUACACUCUAGCUUUAAAAACAGAUAAUUCCACCGUAUGCAAACCAGAAUUCCUCGAAUAUCUCGAAGCCAACAACUUCGAUCCUCUCAAAUUGUGCCCCUCUCCAUGGCUCAGAGUUAUCCGAAAUGAUACAGUACUUUGUGGAGUGCAAAUUGCCUCAACUACACCGUACACCGAAAAAUUAGCCAGCGAUUAUUGCUUGAAUAAUCUUGUGGAUAGUGUUUUGAUUGGUUUUGCCGAUCAGGCCGAGACUGAUUUGUGGGUUAUUCCAAAUAAUAAAGCUCGUGUAAAUCAGUCGAUGCUUCUCGCGUUGAGAAGAAAUGAUGCGGGUGGCGAUUUUUUGUGGACUGAUCCGUGGAUAACUGCAACAUGGGAUAUUGAUUGGGAUGUUGGACAUCCGAAAAGCGGAUAUAAUUGUGCAUCAAUGCAAUUCACAACUGGUUUGAUACAAAGUGAAAAGUAAGAGUUCUGAUUUACAGAAAUCCAUAGUUCCUUUGAUAAAAAUUCUCGAAUAAUGUAAUUCUUUUGAGACAGGGAUUUUUGAUUUCCACCAAUCCUUGUAGUUUCAAAGAUACAGUAACCCAUGCAGUCUCUAAAUCAAGUUCAUUAUUUGUUUUCAGUUGCACAUCAACCGCCUGCUCAAAUUCUCGCUGUUGUUAUGCUGCUCUUUGUGGUCAACUUAUGAAAUAA